AUGCCAGAUAAACCAUGUGGCGUACACGUCGAGAGAGCCACGCAACACGGUACCUGGAUAUGCUGCGUGCCUUGCUACUGGCUCCGAAGAAGCAAGGCUGUGCACAAGGCGUUGCUUACGUUCGCGAUGCUCCUGGUCACCAGCUUGUUGGUCACCAGUCCGGUCCUGUUCCUCAUCACCACGCUGCCAGAGGGAGAACAACCGCGUGAAUGUUCAUCCCUGGACGAAGCCUGCAUCAGAGAACGGGAUGGUCCGGAUGGUGUUUGCGACUCGAAGGCUUGCGAGGAAGCCUCGAAGCGAAUGGUGGCGUUCAUGAAGAAGGGGGUGGAUCCUUGCAAGGACUUUUAUCAGUUCGCGUGCGGGGGUAUCCGCGAUCAGCAGCCCUAUCAGCCGAGCUCGAGCUUCAACAUGCUUCAGGCGAGGAUCGACGACCACCUUCACAAGCUGCUGGCGAACAGAACGGGUCAUAUGGUCGGCGCGUUCGAGAAGCUGGGCCUGUUUUACACCGACUGCUUGGAGUUCAAGGAGAAACCCGUCAAUUUUACACCCGUUUACGAGCUUUUACGCGAACUCGGCGGCUAUCUACCACCGAGGAGCAUCGCGCCCACCGACAUCACGCCGUUGGUCUCGAGGCUGUUGAGGGUGAACGGGGCGCCUCUGUUCGACUUCUACGUGGACGUCGAUCUUUACGACCGUUCACGGUCCUCGGUGUUUCUGGAUCUGCCUACGAAGCAUCAGGACGACGCGUUCUUCCCGGAGAAUCUGGACGAAAGGCUACGAUGGGCCAAGACGGAGAAGCAGAAGAGGUCGGUCCACGAGGAAAGUGGGGCUUACACCAUGAUCAGGAAUAAGAUGGAAGAGCACAGGUCGCGGAAGAUUCGGAAGAUCGUCGAGGGCCUACUGCCGAAGACCAUGGAUCCGAAGGACCGGGCGACGGAGACCGAUCUACUGGUGCAAUUCUGCUUGUCCCUCAGCAAGAUAUAUCCGAAGCACAAGGACCUAUACAAUUGGGUGGACGUCGAUCAAAGGGUGUACGUCCCCUUCAACAUGUCCUAUCUACAGGAGAGCUUCGGUUAUAUAAGGUGGGGGACGCUGCUGAACGCCACUUUAGGCGUUGCCACUGCCGAUCUCUACAAUCAGAGCCGCGACCGGGAUCGAUCUGCUUACGGCCACGACGAACAGCUGGUCUACGUUUACGUUACCGCUCCCCGUUACUUCCGGAGCCUUGGGAAACUGCUGAAUCGCUUCUCGAGAAGGAUCAUACACAACGGGCUGUUGCUGCUGUACGCGUCGAACACGCUCCACGACAUUGUGAACGUGACCGCGAGCAAGAAUUGGGAUUUGUCCUGUUUCAAGCUGACCAAGGAGGUGUUCAGCGAAGUGAUCGGCGCUCUUUACGUUCAACAGUACAGUCCUCAACAUUUGGAGACUUUAGCCAAUAGGGUGGGAGGACUGUUCGAGCGUGUGAAAGAAACGGUCGCUGAGCGAAUCUUGGUGAAAUCCUGGCUGGACGAGGAAACGAGAACCCAGGCGUUGCUCAAACUGAACUCGCUGCGGGGAAGAUUUCACGUGUGGCCUGGUUUCUACAACGAGACUCUGCUGGCCCGCGAAAUGACCGAGGUGAAAAUCGAUCCGGACGAUUUCUUCCAUAGCGUGUUGAUGCGAUUCCGACAGAUCCGCACGGUGGACGACAAGGUUCUGAGGAGGAACGCGACGGAAAAACGACGCCAUCCGUACAGCGUGAACGCUUACUACGAGUCAUCGACGAACACAAUUGGCAUUCCGUUGGCGAUGAUGACAGCCUGGUCAUGGUCCUGGGAUGGUGGUCCUGCGUACGCAGCGCACGCGACUCUGGGAUCGGUGAUCGGUCACGAGAUUCUUCACGCGUUCGAUCUCCAUCGACGUCGUCUACCGAUGGAUCCCGAUCUGAACGUCGAGCAAUGGCUCUGGAUCACGCCAGAAUCGUGGAAGAGGCUCGAGGCGAGGAUCGAGUGUGUCGCGAGGCUUUACGCGAGGAGCUUCUGGAAGAAGGUUCAGUUUUACGGGAACGACGUCGCUGUACAGUUCGAUUGGAACGUGACGAGGAACGAGAACGUGGCGGACAUUGGAGCGUUGCAGAUUUCUUAUAAAACCUGGCACACUCUGACGAAUGGGAGGGAUCGAAGUCUUCCCGGAUUCGAGGGACUUCGUCCGAGCCAGCUUUUCUUCAUAAGCGCCGCCCAGACUUAUUGUUCUAAUAUGACUGCCGAGGCCUACAUUCUCUCCGUUGAACUCGAUUACCACACACCGCAGCCUGAAAGAGUCAACGGUAUACUGAUGAACUCCCAAGCGUUCGCGGACGCUUUCCGUUGCCCGAUCGGAACUAAAAUGAACCCCCCGAACAAGUGUACCACCUGGUGA